AUGUCCAGUGCCGGAUUCGACAGACACAUCACCAUCUUCUCGCCAGAGGGCAGACUAUACCAGGUGGAAUACGCGAUCAAAGCGAUCAACACCGCCAACCUCACCUCCAUCGGUGUGUGCGGGCGCGACUCGGUGGUUGUCAUCCAGCAAAAGAAGGUUCCGGAUAAGCUCCUCGACCCCGCCACCGUCACGUACAUGUUCAAAAUUAACAAAACCAUCGGGAUGAUGGCCACAGGGUCCAUCGCCGACGCCCGUUCACAGGCCUUGCGUGCGAGAGCUGAGGCCUCCGAAUUCCGCUACAAGUACGGUUACGACAUGCCGGUCGACGCGUUGGCCAAGAGAAUGGCCAACCUCUCGCAGAUUUUCACCCAGAGAGCCUACAUGAGGCCUUUGGGGGUUGCACUCACUUUCUGUGCCAUUGAUGACGAGCGCGGGGCUUGUUUAUACAAGUGCGACCCAGCGGGGUAUUAUGUGGGGUCCAAGGCUUGCGCCACCGGUCCAAAGCAGCAGGAGGCCACCACCGCGUUGGAGAAGAAGUUCAAGAAGAAGGACUUUGUUGCGGGCGACUGGAAAGAGGUGGUUGAGUUUGCCAUUACCACUUUGUCGAACGUGUUGAGCAGUGAGUUCAGAAAAAACGAUAUCGAGAUCGGUGUGGCCACCGCCGGGGGCUUUGUGCUUUUGACCCCGGACGAGAUUGACGAGAGAUUGGUUGCCAUUGCCGAGCAGGAUUAG